AUGAUUUCACUCGCUGCGACGUACAAUUUCUUGGGCUACAUAGUUGUUGCAAAUGCGUAUACCACCUUUGAUACGACCUGUGCAAUUCCAGCUACAACUACUAAUUAUGUCUCACCACCCAACAGUCGAGGUACUCUCAACAUCCUCUGGUCCUGUCUUUUCACAAUCAUCGUCUGUACAUGGGUAAUUCAGCAUCUAAAUGUACCCAAGCAACGAGCAUGUGGCGAGUCUGGUUGGAAAUACAACUUUAUUUGGAAAGUGACAGGUUUCCUGACCAGUUUUAAAUGGAUGAUAGCCACUCUACUUGCUCCGGAGAUAUUACUUGCUAAGGCUUGGAGUGAUCUUGACGUAGCACGGAAACAAUUUGAGAAGUUUAAGCCUUGGGCGGCGGAUGAUGAUGUUGAGUGGACAUUAACUCACACUUUAUUCGCAAAUAUGGGUGGUUUCGUCGUUCGAAGUAAUCCGCCAUCAAAUAUCGACCAAGACGUAGAGGCUAAGCCAAGCGUGGCACUUGAUAUACUCGCAGAUCAACCACCAACCCCUCUUUUGGCAGAAGCUCUAGCUCCGCUGAUGGAACCAUCCUUAGGAUGCGUUUCUUCCGAUGCAAAUGGUGUAUCGAAUCCUGUUAACAUUGCGCCCUUGAGUGUUGUCAUCGAUAAGCCUACCAGUUAUCCCAAUCCAUAUCACUUGACCGCCAGACAGCUCCUCUCACUUCGAAGAUGUGAUCAUAUAAGGCUUCCAAACAUCACGUUGGACGAAAUAAACGACAAAAGCAAAAGUGACACUCUUUUGAGAGUCAUCGCGAUAUCUCAAUUCUUAUGGAUACUUGCACAGAUCAUUGUUCGUGCAAUCAAAGGAUUGGUAAUAGCACAACUAGAAAUAGCAGUAGUAGCUUUUUCAACAUGCGCCAUCAUAAUCUACAUACUCAACUGGAGUAAGCCCAAAGGAGUCCGAGUACCUUUCACGAUACUCCAUUACGAAGGCCCGAUUCCGACAGAGUUACUCGAAUUCAUGAAGAAAGACUUAGAUCGUUCAUCCAUGUCGACCACCAUGCUCAACUCCAAAUGUCAAACCAUCGCUUCCGGCGACCCAAUCCCUAACGAUGUGAUAUAUCCCUACGAUGAAGACACAUGGCUCAUAGGGUUCGAAUUCGGCAGCAUAGUGUUCGGAUGCAUCCACGUUGCAGCCUGGAACUUCAUCUUCCCAACUCGAAUUGAACAGAUUCUUUGGUGGUCAACAAGUAUUUGGUGUACGGUUUUCGUUUUGAUUUAUACCCUUAUUCCGUAUUGUGGAAUGAUAUGUUUUGGGGAUACCAAGAGAAUUGCAACACCGAAGGAAUUGGCUUGGGGUGCGGCUCCAUUGUUCUUUUUGUAUGCGCUUGCUAGGAUUUUUUUGUUGGUGGAAGUUUGCAGAUCGUUGUAUUUUUUGCCGCCCCGUGCGUUUAUUGCUACCCCGUUGGAGAAUAUUCCUUAUAUUGGUUGA